AUCAGACCAAUCGGAAGAACGUUUUGCAGCGGAAACCCGGUAGUGGCCGCGAAAGAUUGAACUGUUCAAAAUGCCGAAGUGCGACUUGUUUUAUUUCAAUGUUUAUGUGAAUGACAAGCCUCUGAAAGAGUACACAUUUGAUUCUGAGCUCUAUGUAGAAUCUGACCUUCACUCAGAAGCGUCGUACUGCAUUGAGGAGAAGGAUGCCGAAGGAAACAAACAGAAGUACCCUGUGACUCCAUUUUAUGUAGAUGGAUUUCUAAACAACACCUAUAACUUCCCCUUGUAUCUUAAGAUGUGUGUUGAUGGACACCAAAUUUGGAUGAAGCCAUUUCCUCCGCGCUGUCGACAGGGAUUCAGGGUUAAUGGGUGCAAAAACCAGCAUGUGGUUCGAGAGCUGCUCUUCACCCUACCAAGGAUGGAUGAGAGCAGUUCGCCAGAGAAAAAGAAACAGAGGGCCUAUAAUAAGACGGACAGUAAGUUGGAGGGCACCAUCAGCAUGGAGUGUUUGGAGGCCAGGGAACUCGGUACCUAUACCACCUGCGCAACCAAGUUCUUUGAAUCCAAAUCAUCGGAACUCUCUGCAUGCCCAAACUUAUGCCAGUCGUCAAAGAAACAUGGAAAUGUUGGUGUUUCGACUCGAGAAGGUCGAAGUCUGGGUCAUAUUACCCAGAACCAUAACAAAAGGAAAACAAUGAUAAAGUACCAGGUUGGAAAAGACCAUUUUGGAGGUGUGGUCAUAAAGUAUCGUCCUCGCUACAUGCUUCAAGAGCUGGGCAUCACAGACGAGGCCUGGAAAUCCAACUCUAUUACCAGACAGUCGUCCAGGAAACCGAAUGAAAAUGAAGAUAUAAAUGAUUCCAAAUCGGCUGAAAUAUUGCCAGGGAAGGAGGAAGCGGAGGGCAGUAAUGGUAACCAGGAGAACACUGAUCCAAACGCAAAUGGAACUCUAGAUUUUACAGAAAAGUUCAGAAAGAUGAAUUGCUACUCGCCAACACGCUCUGAACCAGGGGAUCAAGAGGCACAAGGCAGCAGUGUUGAUGACAGACGUUUAUUCUGCCUUUCACCACGCGCCAAACAAAAAUUGACUGUUGAUUCACCUUCAGCAUUGAAACUGCCUCCAAAAUCCCCGCCAGAUUUGCAGAAAUCAUCAAAAUUGAGCUUUUUCUCCCCAAGCGACAGUAACAAAAUGGGGAAAAUGGACGUGAACUCUCCAUCUGAUCUACUACAGAAAAGUUUCUCAAGAUGUGUUCAGUUUGUUAAAAAUGAACAGGACAAUGAAAAUAAACAGUACCGGAUGAUAGAGAUUGACGACGACAUACAGAUACUGGAGGAGGUCGACGACGAUGUGAUCUGGAUGGGCGACGACAGCUGCUGCUUCCUCGACGUCACAGAUCCCGAUAUCUCCAUGGUAGACCUCAGUGAGGACAUAUAGAUUAGACUGGUGUUACCAGGAUCUACUCAACAUAGAAGCUCCUAUUUUGUCUAGUGAAAUACACCACUCGAACAUCAGUUAUAGACAGACUUCAGUUUCUGAUCUUGGUGAAGCAGUUCAGUAGAUCGGCUGCAAGCUCUGUUAAUUGAUAAAACAUUUUUGAUUUACAUGUAUAUCAGGGGUAACUAGAUGGGGGUUCCACUUCACAGUUUCACCUCUCGAUACUUAAUUGAAUUUAAAAGCUACAAUUGUAAAUAUUGGGCUUUGAUAACUUGACAUCAAAUAUGUUGGUACUUUUCCCAGUAGUUAUCAAUAAUUAGUAUGUAUUAUGAAGUGUUGAGCAGCCCUAAUAAAAGAUAUAUGUGUUUGUGAAUGGUCACCCAUCCAGUUUUGAUCUUAGUGAUGUUUAUUUAGGAUUGAUACCCAGCCUUUCAAAAGUCCUAGCCUCAAAAUUUUUCUGAGGGAUGAAAUAGUGCAAGAACUGAAGGACAAAGUCAUGGCACUCUUCAAUAAUGAUACAACACCUUGGGCCCUCCAUAGAAGGCAGUAAUAGUUUUAGUACAUUAGAGGGGAAAAGAUUAGUCUGUCCUCAAGGCAGUUAGGGGAGGCUACUUGUAUGCACCAAAAGUGAUAGUUCUCGUACACUUGAUAGGAACAGAUCUAGACUCUAAAGAAUAAUUUAUAUCUUUAUGAAUGAAAAAAUAAAUACUACAGAUAUACCCUAUUGAUUCAUUGUCUGUCUGAAAGACUGUUUAAUUAUUAUUAAUAUUUAAAGCAGUGUUUUGUGAACUUUAAUUUUUUGUGUAAUAAUAUACAUUUUUAGCUCACCUGCCUAGAGGGCAAGUGAGCUUAUGCCAUGGUGCGGCGUUCGUCAUCCGU